GAGACAAACAAAACAAAAUAAAAUCACCUUAACGAAAUCAGAGGACCUAGGUUAAGGUUGCGGUGCUGGUGGUCGAGUUCACAGGAAGAGGAAGAGAUAAAAUUUGAAAGAGGAAGUUGAAUUGAAGGUAUAAUGGCGAGGCGAGAGCUUUCAAGCACGUUGAAGAACUUAAAGUUCAUGCAAAGGGCAGCUCUGAGGGAGGAGAGAACCAAGAAAGAAGAAGAGGUUAAGCCUGAUGUCAGUGUUGGCACAUCCACUGCGGUUACUAGAAAGUGUGUGGUUAUAAUGGAAGGUGAUCCCCAUCCUGGAGCAGCUAAAGGUCGAAUGUCAUUUCAAAGUUUCAAUCCUUUAGUUGAUAAAUUAAAUGAGGAAGAAGCAAGACUACAUCAGCCAGCAGCUGAAACUACCAUGUCUAGAAAUCAAAAUGCAAAUGCCAAUAUCAGAGAAAAUAGCUCUCCAGUAGAAGGUCCAGAAUGUGGCAACAUGGACAAAAAGAUUGUGGAGGUUAACGGCAAUGCUAAAAGGAAACAAUCUGAUUAUGAAGCACAAUAUCCUAACAAAUCACCGAAGAACGAUCAUGAUGAUAAACAUUCAUCGCCAAGCAAUAGUUUGGGCUCUUUUAAAAAACCGAGUGGAGAUAAGCUGGACUGGAAAGUUCUUAGACCAUCUAGUGUUAAACAAAGUAGAUGAUGACUUUAUUGAUUAUUUGAUAGCGUAAAAAUUAUGCCAGGUUUGGUUCUGUUUCAGGCCUUGGGCAUUUAUAUCGGUAGUCGUGGUUUUGUUAGGCUGUUUAUCCAUUGGUAUAAAGACCUUCACAAUUUCUUGUUAAAAUUCAGGAUUUAACCUGCUGAUCUAGAUUGAAUACUUUUAGAUUAAAGGGCUAAACCAAAAGCCUCGUGAGUGUUUUUUUUUUUAUCAUCAUAUAUUGUACUUUAUGAAACUGCCGGUCUUUGGAAAUUUGCUUUUAGCUAUUAUAUACAAUUUGAUAUUGAAAUGUAUCGUGGUUGCAAGUGAAA